AUGAAUGCCACGAUCCCACCCAUGCAUACUGCACUUUCUGUGCUCGGCACGAUGGCUGGCCAGUACAUCGCCGCGCAGGGCCAAACAGCUCAAGCUAAACAGCCUAUCUGUAAUAUCCGUCCCAAGUACUUCGACGGACAGAGGACACACUCGUAUUGCGGAAAGACUUGCGCGACUGCAGCACAAAACAAGCCUACUCCCAACAGCAAACCUAAGCGAAACAAGACCAACAAAGCUACCCGCAGAUUGUGCGACCAUUGUCAUAAGCAACCCAAGUACAGCGAUGGCACGACGACCCAUUCGUACUGCAGCAAAACCUGCGCACAAAAAGCGAAGGCUGCAGGAACGGCGGCUGCACAACCUAUAAAACCAGCCAAUCCAACAACCAAUGGUUGCUUGUUGUGCGGAAAGGCUGUGAAGGGCAAGGGUCACUUCUGCAGCCAGGCGUGCACCUCGAGGGCUGAGAAGAGUGCCCCAGGGCUCCUAGAAGUCCCACAAGGACACGAUACAUUCAAGAGCGUCGCUGACCAAUUUAAAACGUCCUGGAGACAUCAGACUGCGUGUCCGACAGUUCGGAGGGUGCACAAAGUGAUCGUAUCACCAGCCUCCAUUGCUAAAUACGAGGCAUAUCGUGCUGCUGUUGAGAGUCGUGGCAACUUUGUUGCAGCUGGGCGUUCGGCAGGGAACGAGAAUCGCCGCUGGCACGGCACGACCAGGGAAUGCAAUCUAGGCGAUAAUGGCAACUCCACGCUGUGCUCAUCUCAGACAUGUUCCUUGUGCUGCAUUCUUAGAACGUCCUACAACCUGAAUCUUUUUGGCAAGAAGACUGGCUGGGGCCGAUUCGGUCACGGGAUCUACACGUCGUCAACGUCAUCGAAAUCGAACGAUUACUCCACGAACGUGAAUCCAUCGAAGUUGAAGGCGAUAUUACUAAACAAAGUGGUUGUUGGCAAAGGUUACAAGAUGACGCAAGAUAACACGUCACUAACCGCGCCUCCAGCUGGAUCGUUAAAUUAUGAUGAGCUCGUGUGUUAUGCUAAUGACGCCAUCCGCCCAUCCUAUAUAGUCAUGUACGAUGCAUGA